UGCCGCAUAGGGAUAAGUGAAGACAACAGGGAACGUCAGGAAGCGAGGUGAAGCGCCGGCGAAUGCCCCCUCGAUGAACCGCCGAUGAAUGUGAAGUUGUAGGACCGCGCGAUGACAGCGUGCUGUUCAAGGAGAUUUGGCGAGUACUUCGCCGUGAUGGUUGGACGGCCAAACCGCCCUCUCGGCGCAGCCUAAACAGUGAAUACCGCUGUGUGAAGCCUGGUCACAGUCCAGACGUCGAUGAAUGUAGCGACUAUUUUCUCGGAGAGAGAAGCCUAAUUGAAUACUGCAUGCAACUACACGGCAAUGUCGUCGUAUGCACUGGAAAUAUCGUGAAACUACUGCAACCAAGUUCAACAAUCACAAACACAAAAGUUGUACAUGAUAUGGAUUUGUUACCUGCAGCCGCCGUGGCCAUUGAACCUACUCACAUGCUGCUGGUGUGGAUGCUAGCGAUCGUGCGUCCUAUGGUGUGGGCGCUGUUCCUUGUGGUGAUGGAGUCGAUGCUAUGGCUGGUGUAGUCCGGAAAGAUACUGGAGUCGAUGAUGAAAGAGAUGACCGUCGUGGAGACCUCUCAGUCGACGUGGAAAUCAAUGUUUCUCGUGGGGAGAGCAUUCGGUCCCUCCAAUGCAGUGGAAAAGAAGGUGAAAGUGCCGGCAAUGCGACAGAAUCGGAAGUUCACGAGAUUGAGAAUGAUUUUCGUGGUGGUUGUGGAGAUAGGGCCAGCCAAAGGGCCGAUAAAGACGAUCAACACGAUGCGUUUCGUGGAGCUGGAGUGGGACGUGUUUGUGGCGGUUACGAUCGUUGCGGUACUGCUUUGGCUGGUGUUGCGGAACCGGUCGGUGUUGACGACAGUGAGGGCGACGCACAUGACAGUAGUGUUGCAGUUGGCACUGAAGUCAGUAAUACUCGUGGGAAUAGCACAGCCGGUUGGACUGGGGGCGUCGCAAGUGUAGAUCGCGCAGGAAUGCCUGUAGGCAUGUCGCGUAAACGAAGUGUAGCUGCAGUGGGAGAUGAUAACAAUUUGGAAGAUAAUGAACGAGAAGAAAAGACUGAUGAAGGCUCACGUUUAUUGGGUUUACCAAAUAACACUGUGAUGUACGUUAACAGUUUGGUUGUGUACUCACCAUCACGGGAAAAGUGGCUAAUGACUAAGAAGCUGGCUUCAGUCUUUAGGCAAGUGGGGGCAGCAUAUAUUAUGGGGGCGUGUGUGCCAGCGAGUUAUAAAUUGUAAAGUUGUUCUCUAUAAGGUGCGGUGGCGAGACACAAUGUUUAAGAAGCACAUGCAUUUUGUUUCAAGUGGAGUCCUCCAACCUGGAAUUGAAAAUUACCGAACACUGACAAGAACAGCGUCGAAACCUAGUUGGUACUCGCUAACUACGGUUCCAGAAUGUGAAUCUAUCCCUCGAGAUGCCGUUCUUGAGAAUCUAGGACUAGACCAACCCGUUCCGGUCGAAUUUGACCCAGACCUGAGUCUACGGACCAGUUUGAAGGAGGUUGAAGCCGUCAAAAACAUGAAAUUCGAUCCGAGGAUCAAAAUGGAGGCUCCGACUGAUUUGUACAGUCACGAUGACGACUCGACGACAACCCGCGUGCGCCCUGAGUGUACCUACGUCUUUACGCGCUCAGCCUCCUUUAGCUUCCUAGCCUACAUUCCUCUUUAGUUUUGGCGGCAAGUGGUGAACUAAAUAAACGCAUACGCAGUUGUGAAAGGAGUUCGACUGUUGCCUCCCUUACACUCUCGGAAUUGAUGAAAUUUAUUGGAAUUAUUGUAAUUAUGAGUAUUAACGACAAAGGCGAGUAUAAUAACUUCUGCCUGAAGAUGCAAUACUGGCCAAUCAGAACUCUUCAGG